AUGCCUGGAAAAGCAAGCGACUGGGAUAACGCCGAGUUCCUCAUGGAUCUUGUCGUCGGCCUCUAUACUGGUGCCCAGACUAAUAAGGGUUUGACUCCUGCCAUCAAGGAAUCCAUCGAGGACUACCUCAAGGCUCGUGGAUAUUCCACUUCCUUUGACGCUGUUCGCCUUAGGAGAGGUUUGAGUAUAAAAUCUCCUCACAUGGCAUCUUCUCCCCUCCCAACAACUUCUCCCCUCUCAACUUCUCCUUUCUACUUUUCAUUCCUACAACUUGUACUUUCUCUCAUCUAUCUGUCUAUUUACUCAUCCAACAUCACCAUGGUCAAGCGUCAAGUGAUGGUCUGGGACGCCAACGUCCAUGAGGAUAUCCUCAUCAGUCUUUUUCAGCACAUCAAGCCGAGCUCCGAUGACUGGACCAAUGUCAUGAAUGAUCUUCAGGGGAAGGGAUACUCAUUCACUGAAAGCGCUCUGCGUCAGCACGUCCAGAAGCUUCGAAAGAACCGCGACACCGCUGGGAUCCAGAACUCUGGUUCUGAGGCUGGUACUCCUCGCAAGCCUCGGGCUACUGCCCCCAAGACUCCCAAGCGCGCUCCCAAGCGAAAGGCUCCCGCCAAAUCUGCUUCCAUCCCUGAUGAAGACGAAGAGGACCUUGAGGAUAUGAAGCUGCAGCUAAAGAUGGAGGAGACUGACGUCGGGGAUGACUCUCUCCUUUCCCCCAAGGGUGUCAAGCGGGCCCGAACUGCUACUCCCAAGGCUGAGCCUGAAGCCGACGAUGAGCUUGACAGCAGCGAGGUCUAA